GACGGCCGCCGCCUUCCGCCCGCCAGCGAGACGGAGCCGAUGGACGGCGCACCCUUUCUGGCGCUGGCCGCCCACCACUCGCAGGGCUCCGUCUUCCUGCUGGGGGGGACGGACAGCGUCCGCAUCAUGCAGGUGCGCGAGUCCAAGCGGCUGGCCUGCGCGCAGCUGGCCGAGGUGCGGUUGGACGGCGAGGUCCCCGUGUGGCUCCGCCCCGGCGGCGGCCCGCUCAGCGACCAAGCGGGCGACGGCGAGCCGCACGGCGAGCACGCCGCGGCGGGCCGGGGCGGCGGCUGCGGCGAGGGCGCGGGCGCGGUGCUCGCGGUG